AUGAAUCUAUCAAAUAUAUUAGAUAAUAAUAAUAAUAAUAAUAAUACUACAUUUUUAAUAACAACAUUACAGUCAACUCGGAAAUCUUAUGUAGAAAAUCCAUUUAAUUCAUGGUAUAUCGGUGCACGUUUAAUGCCAAAUCUUUAUAUGACACAGUCACCACCAUCAUCUUCAACUCAUUCUUUUGUAAAUCGUGUAGUCGAUCCAGUUCUUAUUUAA